GGCGUUCGAGAGGUUUGUAUCCAAACAGCUGCGUUCCGUCGCAGACGGUGCUUUCUACGAUAACUCUUCUUCCUACACGGAACGGAGCAAGCAACAACCUCACAUCAUUAUACGAUAUCUACCUGUGAUUCAAAGGAGGAGUAAUUUGAUCAGCAUCAAGGACCCUUCCUGAAUCCGAGCUAAAGACCAGUCCUGUUUUCAGGAAGGAAUGUAAAUAAUGUUUGACAACCUCCAAAGUUGAGACAUCUCUAUAUUGCUGCAUGUUUGAAAUGGCAAAGUGAAAGAGGAAUUUAAGCCAAAAUGAACAAAGUCAAAGUGUCAACAGAAAAAGGGAACGCCCGUAUCCUUGGUCUUCUUGGCCAGCUGGAGAAGAUCAAUUUGGAGUCAGCAUUGCAAGACGUGGACAAUGUCCGUCAUAUCACUUCCAAGCUUCUUCAUUUGGUUCAGACUCAAGCAUUUCCUUUCUCAGUCCUACAAACGUCAGAAAGAACGAAGAAAGAUAUAACAGCCAAGGGCUCAACUGGAAUGGAAGUAAUAUUGUCAACCCUUGAGAACACUCAUGAUCUACAGACUACACUGAAUAUCCUCAACAUGCUUAACGAACUGGUAUCAGUGGGAGGAGGACGCAGGUGUGGUAUUUUGGUUUCCAAAGGAGGAAGCCAAAUUCUCCUUCAGUUGCUGUUUAGUGCCAGUAAAGAUUCUCCUCCAAAUGAAGAGGUUAUGAUGCAACUACAUUCCAUUCUGGCAAAGAUUGGACCAAAAGACAAAAAGUUUGGAGUCAAAGCCAGGAUUAAUGGAGCCUUGGGUAUAACUUUUAGUUUAGUGAAACAAAACCUGCAAAACUCCAAGCUGAUUUUACCUUGUCUGCAACUGCUUCGGGUUUAUUCCAGCAACUCUGUCAAUGCGGUAUCCUUGGGUAAAAAUGGUGUUGUGGAACUUAUGUUCAAGAUUAUUGGUCCUUUUAACAGGAAGAACACAAGCCUUAUAAAGGUCUCAUUAGACACACUGGCAGCAUUGCUGAAGUCCAAAACCAAUGCCAGGAGGUCAGUGGAUAGGGGAUACCUUCCUGUUCUUCUCACAAUUUAUAUCGAUUGGCAUAGACAUGACUCAAGGCAUCGGCAUGUGCUGAUCCGCAAAGGGAUUUUAACCUGUAUCAAGAACAUCACAAGUAUCAAGUUGGGCAGGAAAGCUUUUGUGGAUGCUGAAGGGAUAAAGGUCUUGUAUAACACUUCUCAAGAUUGCCUUUCAGUGAGAACCCUGGAUCCUCUGGUCAAUAUCUCCAGUCUGAUCAUGAGAAAAUGUUUCCCUAAAAAUCGUCUUCCCAUUCCAACCAUUAAAAGUGUCUACCACUUCCAGCUGCCAGUAAUCCCAACAAGCGGUCCUGUUGCUCAACUCUAUAAUUUAGCUCCCGAAGUUGAUGAUGUCGUAGAUGAAAGUGAUGACACAGAUGACACUGAAGUAGAAACAGACAAUGAAAAUGAAGAUGAAGAAAAAGAUGAAAACAAGAAGAAUGAUGAUAUUGAAACUGAUAUUAACAAGUUAAAGCCAGUGCACGAAUUGGGGCGGUCAAUAGAAGAAUUGGAAAUAUACAAACAGUUCUUCCCAGAGCUCACAGAAGACUUCCAGGCAUUUAAUCAUUCUGAAAAAAACCAUGCCAGUGCGUCAAGGUUUGAUGUUCAGCGGCCAGGACCCAUUAUUGUGCCUACAGCAGGAGUAGAGCUGUCGUCAAAAAGAAAAGUGAUUAAAGCUACUGUUAAAGAAAGUAAUACCCCAGAAAGCCAACAGAUUCUACCUAAUGUUUAUCAAGGAGCUGCACAAGACCAUAAACUACUGACAUUUAUAGAUCUGCAGAACAAAGAGCAGAGUAAAAAUAGCGUAAACUCAUGGUAUUCUAAACAAAAUGCGCAUACUUCUACACAAUGCUUGAACAAUGAAAUUGCAAAAGGCUUGGAUGGUAUGUCCUUGCACUGUAAUAAUGUUUCUGACGAUGUUAAGUGUUGGAAUUCGAUGUGUGUGAGUGGAAUUGAGAAUAAGCCCAGUUUUUUGACACUGGGGGAAGCAUGCAGCAAAACUUGUCAACAGCUCUCUGGUUGCGGAAAGUCUUUAUUUGUUUCACCAUUUGUUCAGCCUCCAUCUUGGCAACAGGUUGGUACCCAACUAGGUCAAUUGUGCUGUUCUGGCAUUGACACUGAUGCUGAGGAUGAGUCCUCUAUAAGUUCUGAAGAGCCAGGAAUUUCUGAGUUACCGGAGCCAGGGGUCUUGCAACCACUUCAUGACCCUGACCUUUAUGUUGAAAUUGUUAAAAAGACUAAAUCUGUUCCCGAAUACAGUGAAGUAGCAUAUCCUGAUUAUUUUGGACAUAUUCCACCUCCAUUCAAGGAACACCUCAUAGAAAGACCCUACGGUGUACAAAGAUCAAAAAUAUUCCAAGAUAUUGAGAGACUGAUCCAUGCAAAUGACAUUAUUGACAAAAUUGUGUAUGAUCUUGAUUUUCUUAGCUAUCCAGUACCUGAAGAUGGAGAAACACUGCGAUUCAAUUCACAAUUUGAAUCUGGAAAUCUUCGAAAAGCAAUUCAAAUCAGAAAGUUUGAAUAUGACCUCAUCCUUAACUCAGAUAUAAACAGCAAUCACCACCAUCAGUGGUUUUACUUUGAAGUGAGUGGAAUGCGAAAUGCUGUUUCUUAUCGAUUCAACAUCAUCAAUUGUGAAAAGUCCAAUAGUCAAUUUAACUAUGGUAUGCAUCCCAUUAUGUAUUCUGUCCAGGAAGCCAUGCUUGGAAGGCCACAGUGGAUUCGAACUGGGACAGAUAUCUGUUAUUACAAGAAUCAUUUUUCCAGAAGUUCAUUAGCAGCUGGGGGUCUAAAAGGAAAAUCUUAUUACACUCUGACAUUUACAAUGAACUUUACCCAUAAGGAUGAUGUGUGUUAUUUUGCUUACCACUACCCAUAUACAUACUCCACCUUACAGAUGCACAUUCAAAAGCUGGAGGCACUACAUGAUCCUCAACAGAUUUACUUUCGGCAAGAUUCGAUCUGUGAAACUUUAGGAGGUAACCCUUGCCCUGUACUGACCAUUACUUCUGUACCAGAGUCCAAGUCCUGGGAAAAUCUAUACCAGUUUAGAAAUCGAUCUUACAUUUUCUUAACAUCUCGUGUACAUCCUGGAGAAAGUAAUUCCAGCUGGGUGAUGAAGGGAACUCUGGAAUUUUUAAUGAGCAACAGCUUGGCAGCUCAAAAUUUGCGGGACUCCUAUAUUUUCAAAAUUGUACCCAUGCUGAAUCCAGAUGGAGUCAUUAAUGGAAGCCACCGUUGCUCCUUAAGUGGUGAAGAUCUUAACCGCCAGUGGUUAACCCCUAACCCUGAACUUCACCCAACGAUUUACCAUACCAAGGGCUUGCUGCAGUACCUAGCCAGUAUACAACGUACUCCUCUGGUUUUUUGUGAUUAUCAUGGUCAUUCACGCAAGAAAAAUGUCUUCAUGUAUGGGUGCAGCAUAAAGGAGACAGUGUGGCAAACUGAUGUUAGUGCUUCUUCUUGUGACCUUCAGGAAGAUCUUGGAUACAGGACUCUGCCAAAGGUACUGAAUCAAAUUGCACCAGCAUUCUGCAUGAGCAGCUGUAGUUUUGUGGUGGAGAAGUCCAAGGAAUCCACAGCACGGGUUGUCGUGUGGCGUGAGAUUGGCGUGACGAGGAGCUAUACCAUGGAAAGCACAUACUGUGGCUGUGAUCAGGGCAAGUACAAGGGCCAACAGAUAGGGACAAGAGAACUGGAAGAGAUGGGAGCUAAGUUCUGCAUUGGCCUUUUACGCCUGAAGAGACUGACAUCUGUGGAAUGUAGAUUGCCUCCUGGCCUUCUGGAUGUGGAAAAUGACUUGAUUGACACCAGAUGCAACGUCACCAGAUACCAAUUAAGAUGUGAUGGUUCCACCUUGAGAAUUCCUACUACUCAAGUCCUUGAUGAGGAUGAGCCACGCUGCCUUGAAGAGAUUGAUUACAGUGCUGAGAGCAGUGAUGAGCAAGACAUCGAUCUAAAUGAAACAACUGACCUUGACACCCAAUACUUUGACCCAAGUACACAGGAGGAGCAACUCUCUGAUUCUGACAUCCCAAAGAGAGACUUCUUUCUUUAAGUUAUAAAUCACCAAAGAGGCUGGAGGAAAAAAAAUAGCCCGAGAUCCUAUAACCAAUAAAAGAAAACAAAUCAGGGUUAAAAUAGUCUGCUCUGAGUAAGAGCUAGCUCACUCAGGCAUAUUGGCUAAAUUAAUAAUAAAUAUACUGCUGGUAACACUGGAAAAUUCAAAUGUGUGUUAUUUAAUAUUGACUUCAAAUGCAUUUGUACAAGUUAGGAGAUAAUCCUCUGCUGUUUUUAUUUCCUCUGGAUGCAGUUGCAUGGCUAAAGAUUUGUUCCCACUUAUUUUGUAUGCCAUUUUAUUUUUCACUACUUUCCUUGACAGUGUUUCUCUGUAUGCACAGGCUGUUCUAAAGGUAUGUACCAGUGAUAAUUUGAGGGCUCUUAAUAUAUUGUGGAGAAGUUGGUAAUGGUUUGUCUGUUGAAACUCAAAUGAUGUAUGUAUUUAUUUCUCUAAAUGAUUUUUUUAGUUGUGUCAGACAUUGUUCCAGGAUUGCUUGACAGGAAAUAUGCUGCUUCAGCUACAAUGUUCCAAUAUUGAGAAUGAUAUUGCUACUGUUCCAUAGAAUAGGUCAGUUUGAACUGUAUCCAUCCUGCUGCUGAAAGAAUAUAAGUUGCACCUUGCUGUGGAUUAUAUAAAAGGUAAAAGCUAGCUGUUACUGUAUUUAAAUAUAUAGUCAACAUUAUUAUACAAUGUUGACAUAUACAGUGGAUUGUUAGCUUCUCAUGAAUAAUGAAAUGAUGUAAUUUUGAUUUUCCGACUAUGAAUUAAAGAAUUUGUAUUGUGGUAGUGAA